AUGUGGUUACUGUUCCGCCGGUCCUGCAUGGUGUGUGUGGUUCACGCACUCCUGCCUGCAUCGGCGUCAAGAAGAGCAACAGGAAUGACAGCGGGGUUCCUGACGGUGGUGUGCCCCGUUACAUUCAUUACAUCAAAGAAGCAACUUACGCAGGACGCACAGUCACCAUCAGCGAAGAAAGGUACGAGCCAUUGUAGUGGUGGUGACAUCCGCGCGACCGGCGAUGACGGUCAGAGCACGACCAAGCACUCUGUGGAUCGCCGUGCAAUUAGCGGGAUGGGCCAUACCGUAGUGGACGUGUCGUCAGGGAAGUGCAGCGACGCAUUUGGAAGCCAGAUGGUCGACAGCAAUGAGGCAUUACUGGAGGCGGUGAAUCGGGUGCGUGAUGUGCUGCAGAGGUGCCAGGGAACACACAAUUCUCCGGACACCACAUCGUCGUUGCAGUCACCGCCCCUGACGCCCUUUUUAGCUCAGCAAGAGAAGGAAUUGGAGGGCCGCGAGGAAAUGCUGACGGCCAUUGCAGCACUGCUUGAGAAGGAUACGACGUUUGGUCCGCGUUUUCUCUCGUCGUUGUCCGGUGAUGCCCUCCGGUCAUUGCUUGUCAUUGGAACCACUCAAGAGUAUUUUGGCCAAGACGCUGUGGAGGCGCAGCUGCGGGCCGUUGAUAAGGACCAGGAUGACAACAUCUCCUCGCAGGACUAUGACGCGUGGGUAAACACGGCGGUGCGGGAGCGUGUCGCCAUGCGUUUUGAGCUCCCUCGCGCUACGGCGCAUGUGCAUGACACCACCACAUCAAAGGCAUCUAUUCUACCCAACACGACGGCUGCUGCGGCUGGUUACAUUCCAUGGGGCUUGUGGCACCGCAUCGCGUUGUCGUCUGCCGUUCCUUUCAUGGCGUUUGGUAUGCUUGACAACACCAUUUUUAUUACGGCUGGGGAUGCCAUCGACAAGAGAUUUGCGGAAGCCUUUGGGAUGUCGACAAUGGCUGCAGCGGCGCUCGGUGGUGUUGUGUCAGGGACGGCUGGUAUCCAAAUGCACGGUCUUGCCGAGCGUAUGGCGCAAAGGUCGCGUCUGGCACGGCCGCCGACUCUUACACCCUCGCAAAGCGCUUCUGCAUCAAAUGGGAGCGCCACUCGGGUGGGUAGCACUCUUGGCAUGAUUUUAGGUCUUCUAUUUGGCAUGACACCGCUUUUGCUGUUGUCUGUACCUGUUUCCCGGAGUGAGAGGGAGCAACCUGCUAAGGGGUAA